UUUGACUUCUUCUCACGCCUGGUGAGCUCGUGGGAGGCUGCAGCUCUCAUCCCUGGGAGCCCAGCUCGUGGAGUUGUGGUGAGAUCAGGGAUAAAGAAUGGAAUUAAAGAACAUCACCACUACGGUGACAGAAUUUGUCCUGUUGGGCCUGACACGGAAUCACAAGCUGCAGUAUUGUCUCUAUGUGAUCUUCUUUCUCAUCUAUGUAAUUACCUGGCUAAUGAACUUCACCAUCAUUGCCAUGGUGGCUGUGGAUCAGCAGCUCCACACACCCAUGUACUUUCUCCUGGCCAACCUCGCUUUCCUUGACAUCAGCGAUUCCUCGGUCAACACUCCCAAACUGCUGUCAGGCCUCCUCACCCAGCGUACAACGAUCUCAUUCAGUGAGUGCUUCCUCCAGAUGUUCUUCUUCCAUUUCAUUGCAGGUGCAAUGUCUUUUUUACUCGUAGGGAUGACGAUUGAUCGGUACGUGGCCAUCUACGAGCCGCUGCGCUACCUGGCUAUCAUGAACUGGAACGUGUGCAUAGGACUGGUGGCAGCUGCGUGGUUUGCUGGAUUUCUUCAUUCUGUUAUACAAACUGGUUUUCUUCUUCAGCUACCAUUCUGUGGCCCAAACGUACUGGACAAUUUCUACUGUGAUGUCCCUCAAGUCAUCAAACUAGCCUGCACUGACACUCGCAGGGCUGAACUACAGAUGGUGUUUAACAGUGGAGGGAUCCUCAUCACCCUGUUUGUAAUCUUGAUUAUUUCUUACAUUGUCAUCUUGCUUAAGAUAAGGAUGUGCAUCACAGAAGGGAAGCGAAAAGCCCUGUCUACCUGUGGGACACAGAUAACUGUUGUGAGCUUAAUAUUCAUCCCCUCCAUCUUCACCUAUGCUCAGCCUGAUAAGAAACACCCUAGGGACAAGGUGGCCUCCAUUGUUUAUACUGUGGUCACUCCCAUGCUAAACCCAAUGAUCUACACAUUGAGAAACACUGAGAUGAAAAAGGCCAUCAGGAGAACACUGGGGAAAAUAUUUCUGUCAGGAGGCAUACAGAAACCACAUAGGAUAGCAGAUCAAAAGACAUCAAAUCUGGUGUUUCCAUGACAAAACUGUGUUCACCACUGGUAUCCCUGCUCCUUCAGUUAGCGAGCAACUUCCUAGAUGUGAGAUGGGGACAACAUUCACCUCCCAUCAGUUUAGGAAGGUCAGUCACAUGUUUUCUCAUCCUCCACGGAGUAUGGUAUAAUGUUUAGGGCCUAAUAAAAGUUGUUUGUAAUAAAUCACCUGCAAAGACAUCACCACGACACACCCUGGAUACUGACCAUGCAAGGGGCCCUACCCACGCCCUUGUUCUCUCCUGUGGAAAUCACAGCUGAGCCUUCCACUCCAGCACGUCUCACUUCUCUUUAGCAAUCCAGUGUAGUUUCACCUCUAAGUUAGCACUGAUGCCUUAAGGAACCUGGAAUUAAAACAACACACUUUUGAGAUGAUAUUAGUAUAGGAGGUAAUAUAAAGGCUGGUCUUUAUUGGAGGCCUCCAGGGGCAGACAUGGAAAGUGUCCACAAAAUGCCCACCCUCCCCCAGGGUGAAUACAGUUUGAAAAGUUUAGCAAAUCAGUAUAUUUGACAAAAAUCACCAAUUAGACACAUAAGAGGUGAGGUAAUUUCCCCCCCUGGGUUCAACCCUUUUCUAAGUCUUCCCCCCUCAGAUGGGAACUAAGCUUUGUUUAUAAAAAUACGUCUCGAAGAGCUGGUCUCAACCUUGGUUCCUAGGGAGAACUAAGAUAGGAUAGGGGCCUUGGAAUGUGUUUUGUCUUUCUGCCUAUCAGGGCAGGGAAAAGUACUGGAAAAACUAGCUAGAAUACAAUAAUAGGCUGCAGAGCUGCAAAUAUAUGUGUAAAGAAUACAGAGAAUAUGUGAAAGAAAAAAGGCAAAAAUCAAUUUGGCAUCAGCAUGAUGGCAUCUGCACAUUACUUCAUUAGUAACUUCACUGGCAAUGUUGAGAUAGAGAAAAAAGCAUACUGAAAAUGCUUUAGUGGGAGAAAAUUCUCAGAGCUGUAAGGGUUAUUUAGGUUUAGAGCAGUUUGAGUUUAAUUCCCUUAGAGAGACAAGUGAGAAAUGAAAUCCCUCAUGACGGUAGAAAGAAAAGAAACCCCCACAAAACAUAUAAACAACUGAUGGGAAGAGAAAGUGAUACGAGGAAGUAGAAUUCAGAAUAAGAAAAAGAAAAAAAAAAAGAUAAAAGUAAGAAAGUAAUAAAAGGAAACAAGAGGAAAACACCUCCUAUUUGAUGGUUUUGUCAAAGGUCAAAAUUUCAUGUCAUGUCUUAAAAUCAAAAAAUUCCUUGACAUUCUUUGUUUUCUCCAUCUCUCCUUUCUUCCACGGGGAGCUGAAGGGCUCAUUGUGCUGGCUGUAUGUAUAAACUGACUGAUAUUUAAUUUCUCAGCUAACUGUGAAUCCUUGCCCAUCAGGCUGGAGGUCUGACUGCCCAAAUGUCAGCUGUGCCCAGGCUGCCUCUGAUGGAGCUGCUUCACUCACUCCCUGCUGGUAGAGGGUGAGCAUUGUGUGCCAGAGACUGGAGAAGGGUUUGUCUCUUUGCAUCCUUUAGAUAACGCUUUCCUCACCUCAUCAGAGUGUGUUGGUUGUUUCUGGCUCCAAGGGUGAUAAUUACAGAAUUGUGGCAUC